AUGCGAAAGUGGUCCAGAGGAAGCCAAUGGGCCGAUUUAAAGCUUGGGGACCGUCAGUGUAAGACGAUUGGUCGGUUGUGGAAAUAUUCAGAGAAAGGACGUUCUCCGAACGCCUCUCCCGAGCCCCUAUUGGCUGGGAGGAGGGGCGCUGCCCCUUUUCUUUUCUCCCGGAGGAGACGAGCGGCGAAUGUCCUUAACCUCCGGUGCGCGCCUGGCAAGGUGAUGCUGGCUGGGCUCUGGCUGGCGCUGGCUGCCGGUUUCUUGGCUGCGCUGCUGGUCCUGCAGUGGCUGCCGCCUCCGCCCGCCUCUUCCUCGCUCAGCCUGGCGGGGCUCUUCCACGAUCUGGUCCGCUACGGGAAGACCAAGGGCGGCUGCGGGCAGCGCCCAGCCUGGUUGCAGUACUUCGACGUGCCUAAGAGGUGGUUCUGUCACUUCUAUGUCGUGGCUGUGAUCUGGAAUGGCAUCCUCUUCCUGUGGCUUAUCCAAAGUUUGUUCUUCUCAUGGCCCUUCCCAGUUUGGUUGCAGGAUUUGCUCCACAUUCUUGGAGAAGCCCCCCAGGACCAAAACAGAGGUGGCGAGGCCCUCUCUGCUUUCCUGGUUUGCCUUUUUGUCUGGUUGAACAGCUGUCGGCGACUCUGGGAGUGUCUUCACAUCAGUGUGUUCUCCACGGGAGUCAUUCACCUUGUACAGUACUGCUUUGGACUCUCUUACUAUGUGCUGGUGGGCUUAACAGUGUUAAGCCAAGUGCCUUCUAGUGUCCGGGCAGGUAAAGGGGACGGUCUGACGGUCUGUUGGUACCAUGGACUUGGACUCCUGAUGUUCGUUUGGGCCUCAGUUCAUCAGCAGAGGUGUCUCGUGAUUCUAGCAAAUCUGAGGAAAAAUAAAUCAGGAGAGGUGGUGAGUUUGGACCACAGCCUUCCUUUCGGCGACUGGUUUGGAAUGGUGUCCUGUCCACACUACUUUGCCGAAGUUCUCAUAUAUGUAUCGAUGGGUGUUACGUUUGGAUUUAAGAACUUAACCUGGUGGCUCGUGGUGACGUACGUGCUUUUUAACCAGGCCGUGAGUGCCACGCUGUGCCAUGAAUUCUAUCUGAGCAACUUCAAGGACUAUCCAAAGCAUCGGAAAGCCUACAUACCUUUUCUCUUUUAGGCUGUUUGCUUUAAGCAAUUUAAUGCCAACUUCAG